AUUUAUUUCCACAACCUUCAUAUUGUCGCGAUAUUUAUAGAAUUGAUAGUCGGGAUAAUUUAUAUUGGUACAAUUCUGCUGCGCUUAAAGCUGUUCCUUCUAAAAAAUAUUUUCAACAAUCUUCUUCCCCUCAAACUCUAUCUCCAAUCACUCCAAAGUCUCCCCAAACUUUAUCACCUUAUAUUCCAAAGUCUCCCAGAACUUUAUCACCAUCUAUUCCAAAGUCUCCUCUAACUUUAUCUCCACCGUCUCCAUCAUUUCCUCAUCCUUUAACUCCUCCUAAAUCUCCCGUUUCUCCUCCAAAAUCUCCUCUUUCUCCUCCUAAAUCUCCUAUUUCUCCAUUCGCGUCCCCUAAUCCAAUGACUUUAUGGUCGAUCGAUUUUGGCGAUUUUAAAUGUUCAAGGAUUUUAAAGAAAUCUGUAAGACCAAAAGCUUUUUCAAUUACUCAUGCGGAAACAGGUGCCAGAUCUACUUUUAUUCAUACUAAAAAAUCUGUACCUGCCGGUUAUGCUGGUGAAGUUAAUACACCAUUUGAUAAAACUUGUGAUCAGAGGUAUAAUUGGAUCCUUGACUCAAAUAAUGAAAAAUGGUCUUUAAUUCAAUCCAAUGAUCCUCAAAGAAUACUAGUAGAAUUUAGAAAGACUAAUAUCGAUAAUGAAUUCUUAAUUGUAUUUUUGGAGAAACCACCUUAUGGUUGGUCACCACGUAUUGCUGAUCGUUUAUCUAAAUAUCUUUCUGCUAAAUCCGAAAGAAUGAAUGGUUCUAAUGAUCGAAGAAGUUCUGAUAGUUCAAAUGGUAGUGCUACUAAUUCUCUUAAAAGCCCUUCGUUAAAUGGUAGCUUUAUGUCAGAUAAUGAUAUAGAUGAUGAAAAGCAUUGGCAGGAAUUCGUCUUGGCAUCAACAGUGGCGAUUCAGGACGAAGUUAAUCCUAAGAAACGAAG